AUGGAGAUGAGGAAUCACACUCCUGUAACCAUGUUCCUCCUGAUGGGAAUCCCUUACACAAAAGGGCUGGAAAAUGUGCUCUUUGUCUUCUUUCUGGCCUUCUACCUGCUCACUCUUCUGGGGAACCUGCUCAUUCUUCUGGCCAUCCUCACUUCCUCCACCCUGCACACCCCCAUGUAUUUCUUCCUGGGAAACCUGUCUGUGUUUGACAUAUUUUUCCCUUCCGUGAGUUCCCCCCAAAUGAUGCUCUCCCUCAUGGGGCAAAGCUGGACCAUCUCUUACCAGGGCUGUGCCUGCCAACUCUUCUUCUACCACUUCCUAGGCUGCACUGAGUGUUUCCUGUACACCGUGAUGGCCUAUGACCAUUUUGCAGCCAUCUGCCACCCCCUGAGAUACACAGUCAUCAUGAACCCCAGGGUGUGCACCGUCGUGACACUAGGCACCUGGAUGGGGAGCUGUCUGCAUGCAUCUGUCCUCACGUUCCUCAUCUUUAAGUUGCCCUACUGUGGCCCCAAUGAGGUGGACAGUUACUUCUGUGAUAUCCCGGUGGUGCUGCCCCUGGCCUGUGCAGACACCUCUCUAGCUCAGACUGUGAGUUUCACCAAUGUAGGUGUUGUGGCACUCUUGUGUUUUCUUCUUAUCUUCGCUUCUUAUACUCGCAUUGUUAUCUCCAUAUUGAAAAUCAGCUCCUCAGCAGGCCGGCACAGAGCCUUCUCCACCUGCAGUGCCCACCUGACUUCCAUCCUGCUCUUCUAUGGACCCGUGGUCCUCAUUUAUCUUUGGCCUGCCUCCAGCCCCUGGCUGGAUUCUGUGGUUCAGGUGUUGAAUAAUAUUGUUACCCCUUCCCUGAAUCCUUUGAUAUACACCUUGAGAAACAAGGAUGUGAAGUUGGCUCUGAGAAAAGCACUAAUCCAAGGAGUACCUACUUGUUGGGCAUAA